GAGGAUGGAAAAUGUGACGGAAAUUCUCUGCCUUGUAAACUGCGGCCUGAAUCAAUGUUUGACACCGAUCCGGUCAUCCAGGCCACGGAAAGAACUCGCUUCUCCUCGGUAACAGAAUCACCACGGCAUGCUACGGGAGAAAAUGUAACCUUCGAUAAAACAUCGUCUUAUCAGAAAGAGAGAGGGCUGGUCAACAACACACUGCCGUUUAACGCAUCCGACUAUGUCGAUGGAUGCUGUUCAGGGCUGACAAUGGACUUGUUAAUGGAACUCAUGAAAGAUCUUAAUUUCGAUAUAGAUCUGUAUGAAGCCCCGGACGGACUCUGGGGUGCAUGGACGCCGGAGGGCUGGAAUGGCGUCAUUCGUGUGCUAAUGGAUAAUCAGGCCGACAUGGCUGUAACUUCACUGAAAAUCACCCCAAACCGGUCUCAGCAAAUUGACUUCAGUGUGCCAUUUCUGGAAACUGGAAUCGCCAUAACGGUUGCUUUACGGGAAGGUGCCAUCUCUCCGACUGCUUUCUUAAGUAACCGCUGUGGUGUUAAUUGCAGUCCCCAUCUUAAAACUCCUACAUUCUCCAGAUUUAUUCUAUACCCCGUGUCUAAGGCAUGUACCUCCACCGCUGAGUCUUUGACCAGCGUUUGGUAUUGUUCCACAUUCCUUGGUGCAAGAAAAGAAUCUUUCAGAUGCACGAAAGCUGGGCGUAGCCUUUUCGCCUUCUGGAAAGCUACUCAAAUAUUGGCUACUUUCAGCAGUCUUCUAAUAACCUCCGAUGUUCCUGCUUUAUGUGGAAUGACUACUGUCCCAAUCCAUUCCUUACUGGGUCUACAUACCGGAGCCUACGUCCACACCCUCGAUUCUGUUCACGCUGUGAAACUUGGUGAUUUCCAACGCCUCGGUUAUCAGCCGCUUCCCCAUCUUAAAACUCCUACAUUCUCCAGAUUUAUUCUAUACCCCGUGUCUAAGGCAUGUACCUCCACCGCUGAGUCUUUGACCAGCGUUUGGUAUUGUUCCACAUUCCUUGGUGCAAGAAAAGAAUCUUUCAGAUGCACGAAAGCUGGGCGUAGCCUUUUCGCCUUCUGGAAAGCUACUCAAAUAUUGGCUACUUUCAGCAGUCUUCUAAUAACCUCCGAUGUUCCUGCUUUAUGUGGAAUGACUACUGUCCCAAUCCAUUCCUUACUGGGUCUACAUACCGGAGCCUACCCAUAUGACUACCAGUCAUGGUGUAUGAUUCUCAUCUUCAGCGUACACGCCAGUGGUGCUGCCCUAUUCAUCUUUGAGUGGUUGAGUCCGAAUGGACUGAAUCGUGGACAAAUGUCAACAUCGGAACAUAGAUUCACUCUGUUCCGCUCCUUAUGGCUCAUAUGGUCAAUGCUGUUUGGGGCCGCGGUCAAUGCUGACAACCCUCGCGGUGUGGCUAGCCGAUUCCUUGCAAACAUCUGGGCUCUGUUUGCCCUGGUGUUCCUUGCAUCCUACACGGCCAAUCUAGCUGCAUUCAUGAUUGCAAAAGAAGACUUUUACGACCUCUCUGGCAUGAAUGAUUGGCGGCUGCAGCAACCGUGGAACGUCAAACCCCCGUUUCGGUUCUCAACAAUACCAAGUGGCGCUACGGAGGAGAAUAUUAAGAUCAACUUUCCUGAAAUGGGUGCAUAUAUGCGAAACUUCAAUCGGUCUACGGUGGAGGAAGGCCUGGCUUCGCUCAAGUCUGGAGAACUAGAUGCGUUCAUUUACGAUGCAAAUGUACUGGACUACUGGGCCUCAAAGGAUGAGGGCUGCAAAUUGCGCAUUGUGGGAAAUUUGUACGCAAUGACCGGUUACGGGAUCGGGUUUGCAAAAGGAAGUCGAUGGUUAGAGAAGGUGAACUCACGGAUAUUGGACUAUCAGAAAAACGCAUUGGGAACGCGAACCAUUCAUACCGCAAGCGUUCCCAACAGUGAGUCAGGCAAUGUUGACGACUACAUCUACACGGUUUACUGUCGGUUCAGCUUCAGUGGGCCGCAAAGCAAACUUCAGCGUUGGAAAAAAUUUUGGCAAACAGGUUCGUGUCGCAAGGACUCUGCCUUGGGAAAUACAAACAAAACACUUGGAGUGAAGAACUUCAUCAGCGCAUUUAUCCUUCUUCUGUGUGGAAUCCUUCUGUGCAGUUUGAUUUUGGGAUUUGAACACAUAGUCUACCGCACGAUAGGAUCGCACGUACGUCGCAAAAUUUGGAAGAAUUGUUGCAGCGUGAAACCAAUG